AAAGACUCUAACUUCGUUUACAAUGUCUGUACUUCGCUGCGCCCCCACCACUCUGUUCUACCUAUAAACCCAAAAUUAGGGGCUUUCUUCCAAAUCGUUCAUCAACGUUAAUUUGUGUAGAUGAUAUGAUCGUUUCUUUUCUUCAAGUUUUUUAGUUAAUUAAUCUGUUUUGGUUUGUGGGUUUUUUCUUGAUUGAUUGGUAAGUAGGGGUUAAGACUUCGUUUUUGUUGGGCCUUCGUCCAUAAAAGGUGGUAGGUUGGUGGGUUGACUUAUUUUAUGAACACAAAUGAAGCUUUUUUCCUGAUUUUUUUUCCCUCGAUCGAGAUUCUCUUUCUAUUUGGCAGGAUGUUUGCUCUAUUUGAGGUUAUAAUUUCUUGUGGGGUUCCCACGUUUUUGGGUUUUCUUGAUUUAAGUUGGUCUGUUCAACUUUGGAAAUUCAAACAUUUUCCCCAUCUGGGGUUCGAAUUAUGAGCAAGAUUACGAGGUUUUGUCACCUUUUGUCCCAUGUUCUUGUAAUUAUUUCGGUGAUUCAUCACCCAUGAAGUGGGGCUGACUCGAUAUUUCUCCCAUGUCCUUUCCUGUACAUUUGAAAUCGACCUUUUGGUGUUCGAUCAAAUGCUUCAGUGCUUUCAUAAUUGUGAUAGGAAGCUAUGGUGAGCAUUCGUCGACAAAGAUUGAUCAAGCUUUAUGGGAGAAGUCCUUCUCUAGAUUUGAUAUCAUCAUUUGAAAACGGACAUUCUCCUGGUGGUGGUUGGGUCCAACAUGGCAGACAGGUCAGCAUGCAUCCAACACCUUUGGUUGACCGAUCUACAGAGCAGGAGAAAACAAAGUGUGAAGAACCUGAAUCCUUAAAUGUUAAUGAAUCGAGCUCAUCUAAUAAGCAGCAGCCAUUUCAGCUUCCAGUGUUCAAAAGGCGAAAAAGACACAGAAGAAAGCAUUUUGAGAAUCAAGAACCUUGCAUAAUGAGAGGGGUGUAUUACAAAAACAUGAAAUGGCAAGCUGCCAUUAAAGUGGACAAAAAACAGAUCCAUUUAGGCACAGUUGGCUCCCAAGAAGAAGCUGCUCGUUUGUAUGACAGGGCUGCUUUCAUGUGUGGUAGAGAACCGAAUUUUGAGCUUACAGUAGAGGAGAAGGACGAACUCAGUAAACUGAGUUGGGAUGAGUUCUUAACUGUGACUCGGUCUGCGAUCAACAGCAAAAAACAUCAAAGAAGAGUGAGUUCACGAAUGAAAUUUGAACAUCCAUCACAGAACAAAGAUGAUGAUCAGAAAGCUGAGGAGGAUCAAGGAGGAAACAGCUUCUCAGCAUCCGAUGAUGCAGAGACAUCAGCAUCUUGAAGUUGAUGAUGGUUUUUAUUUUAUUUAUCAAUUAUUUAAUCUUUAGCCAUUUUUAGCAAUUUUUUGGUGAUAAAUCUAAUGCAUAUCUUACGAGUAUGCCCUAAAUACAACUUUUGUAGUAUGUAAUCAUAGAGACAAUGGUGCAUUUACAAUUGAUUUUCAUUGUUUAUAUGGGACAGUAAGUAAGAUGAUAUGAUCAUAUGAGAUGCUUUCUAUAUUUAGCACAA